CCACCACCGGCACCACCCAGAGCAAGUACAGCCAGCUGAAGCGCCGCUCGCAGGAGAUGCGCCAGCGGCUGGUGCAGCAACUGCACCGCCAGCGCUUGCAGCAGCAGCAGCACUUGCAGCAGCAACACCAGCAACCAGCACGCUCACGAACACAGUCGCAGCCGCUGAAGCAGCAAUCCCUGCACGAGGGCGUCCUCACGAACAGCUGCAGCACCCAAACGCUGGCCUCCAGCUUUUGGCCGGCGGUGCAGCGGGUGGAUCGCUCGCGGGAGCAACUGCAGCAGUCCACCUUCGAGGACUAUCGCAAGAACCUCUUCGGCACUUUGGGGCGACAUGCCAGCCUGGAGGACAACAAGGAGCUGCAGGACGAGUCCUUCAUAGUUAAUGCCGCCUUCGAUGAGAUUUUCUCCUGCUACGAUGACGAGGAGAACGAGGACGAAAAGGGCACCCAAACGCAGACCAAUACCGAUGAUCUCUUCGAGGAUGAGCACAUGCUCGUGAGCCUCAGCGAACUGGAUGACGAGGUGUUCGCCAGUCGGGCGCAAACUGCCUCGACCACGCCCACCACGGUGGGAGCGGGGCGGACGCCCAAGCACAGCACGCCCCAGUUGAACCUGAACAAAUAUCCCGCCCCCUCGCCACCCCGCUCCCGCACACUCACCAAUCUCUUCGAGCGCCUAAAGUCGCAGGAUGGCAAGGCGCUGCAGAAAUAUCCUGGCGAAGGGGCGCUCAACCGGACGGAGGACUUCAACCGGGGCUCCACCGUCAGCAAGUCCUUUGUGCAGCAGCUGCGGAAGCCCUCGCACAAGCAGAAGCGGGCGCCCAGGCCGCCGCCCAAGCCGCAAUCCCGCUCCCAGGUGGCCAUUGCCCAUGUGACGCCGCUCCGCAAGGCGCUCAUCUUCCCCAAGCGAUCCAAGUCCUCCAGCGAACUGCUACUCGAUGAUUUGAGCGUGCAGGCGCGUAAGUAUCAGCGAAAGAUUGAACAGGGAUCGGCGCUAUAGGAAGGAUCUAUGGGCACCCCGUUAUGCACCCGUUUUCUCACCUGUUGACCCGUUGUUUGAACUUGAACCCUGGUCCACCACCUAGUAUUAAAUCGAUUUCUUUCGUAUUUCCGUUUACCCAGAGGCGACGCUUUUGUAGACUAAGUGACCCCAAAAAAACCAAAAAACCCGACCCUGACCUUUGAUUAUGAACCAGACCCCCUCAAACCGAAUCCGAUGUAGAUGUGGAACGAGUGCAGCUUAUCCCGCCGCCAUAAUGGAAGACAAAGAUACGACCCGAAGAUACGAGAACCCAAAGAGAAUUGAGCCAUACGAGGAAUAGCACCCGAAGAACCGAAAAGAUCUUAACUAAUUUCGUAAUUUACCCGUAAUUAAAUUAAGCCAAGUACAUUACUCGAAAAUGCAUGAAAAUCAAAUCAAAAGAUGACUAACCAUAUUUAUAUAUACAAGCAUAUAUAAAUAUACAUAUACAUUACUGUACAAAUAGGAUCGAAGAUGAUAUGGAAAUGAAAAUGAAAAUCAAACGGCAAGUCGUGCUCUCAACCUAGUUAUUAACGAGUACAAGUUUGUCUCUUCAAUUAUAAUUUAAUGUCAUCAAAGAAUAUACCAUACAAUCCCGAUAUACAUCUAUACAAUAUUCGGAUAUAUAGCAUAUAACUGCGUCACUUGUUGUAACUUUUAGGAUAAUUGCAAAUCAAAGCAAAUGUAAACCAAUUACAAGAAGAAACAUUACUAACUCUUACCUGCAUGCAAUAA